AUGAUGGCUCUGCACAUGCAAAUGUUAGACCAGCAUCUUCAUUGCCCUACAUUUGGGACUCAUCGGAUCCUAAACCAGACCACACCUACUAUUUCAAAUUUAAACGAAGCAAUAGCUCACCUGCGACUAUCACCACUCUCAUAUUUAAGUGUACUUAGAGAACCAUUGCAAGGAGAGGAUAUUACAACCUCUAUUCAGAAGGGAAGUUUGGACUGGGAGAGAGUUGUACGUUGCAUCAGGCAUGCUCUCCAUACCACACCUUCACCUGAUUGGUGGAGACGAGUACUGGUACUUGCUCCUUGCCACAGGCCUUCAUUUCAAGGGAGUACUGCUGGUGCUGUUUUUUCUUCAGAGAUGAUUUGUGAAGCAGUUAUUGAUAGAAUUGUAGAACUAUCCAAAUUAACAAAUUCAGAGAUAAAUUGCUGGCAGGACUGGCUUGUCUUCUCUGAUAUUUUCUAUUUUUCUUACGAAAACAUGCCUGAUAUGUCAUCAAUGGGCAUGCCUUCAUUUGAUGGAAGCACUUCAGACAAUUCAGCUGACGCAGCUGUUCCUGUGCAAGACGAUCCACAUCAUCGCUUCUACCAACAUACAUAA